CCUUGUCGCUCCUUUCCCGUGAAUCACCACGACUUCUUAGCAUCUGAUCAUUCUUCUUUACCACAUUUCGAUAGCAAUACUAUUUAAUCUUCUAACAAGAUGCAUUUCACCAACUUCAUCCUCCCCCUGACACUCGUCGUCGCUGCUGCCGCCGAACCUGUUCAAGGAUCCGUGGCGCUCCCUAAUGGACUUCAAUUCGCCCAGCAAUACCGUCGGGAGGCAGGCAAUGGAUUAUCAGCUCGUCAGUCCUUGGAUCCGGAGACACUGUGCGGCAAGGGUUAUGACGACUGUGGCGAUGGGUGGUGCUGCAGCGAGGGCACCAAGUGUGCAGGCACCCUGACCGAAUACAAGAUUCCCGUCUGCAAGGAUCCCACUGAAACUUCUGGGCCUCUCAAGGGAACAUCUCCCGCGUUGCCAUACAAGGACCCUCUCUCGGCUUAUCAAAGUCUGAGCUCAGUCCUGGCCAAGAUGACGGGUUUGCCCACUGAUCCCGAGACGCGACAAACGACGACGACGGCUGCUGGAACAGGACAAACGAAGGCGGCGGCCGCGACUGGCUCUAGCUCUCCAGGUGCAGCGCCCAUGAAUACUCCAGGAAGUUUCGGUCAGGUGGGAGGUGCCAUUGUGGGCGUUUGGACGGUUGGCGCACUUGCUGGUGCUGGAUGGUUCUUGAUGGUUUGAAUCAACUGUAUAUAAGCUAGGUACCUACCUAGGUAACUGAGCGUCACAUCCUGCUACACCAACUUCACCACUGCUCCUUCAUCUUUUCUCUC